AUGGUAAGUGCGAACAGACGAUCAGGCAUCGGGAAUGCCCUAGCAACAAAGGAAACCCGGCCCUUAUGGCCUGACCAGGACUUACAGAUGGAGGCCCCUGUGGGCCAGCUGCGCAUCGUUCCUUCCGGCAACGGAACAACCAGCGACAGCGGUGACCAGACCAUUAACCUACUCAGACUACUUGAUGUCUAUGUACCUAAUAGAACUGCGCAGCCAAGCCAUGCAGGAGCCGCAUCUGCAGCGCCAACACAACCCGAUGGCCGGGCAGACGCUCUCCGGGGCGAUCUCAGGGCUCUCCUGCAGGCCACAUACCAUCAGCUGUCGAAAUGCAGUGGACGAGACUGGCCGCAGCAGUCAACGCCCACAUCGUCCGUGUCGUACGUCGUGGCUUCGGAGAGCACGCAGGACGGCACCAACGGUCGGUACGAACAGCUUCCCCACGUGACAAUAAGGCCCCCGGGGCUGGUCAACCGCCCGGGGCCCCGAACAGACGAGUUGGCUGACGUCAUGACGCGACGGGGGACCGCUAUGGCCGUACUGCCCUGGCGUUGCGACCACAUUGUACGGGAUUACCUGCUUCGAGCUGGGUCCCGGAGGGCGAUGCUGGCGGCCGCGGGAGGCACGCUGUACGACGCCAAAGCGCUGGUGCCCGACGUGCGCGGCCACCUGCGCGAGCGCGUGUUCGUGGUGCUUCACUUCCACUGGGAUGGUCAGGAGCUUUGGCCGUGCGACGUGGAGCCACAACAACCACCCCCCCCGACACAGUUACAGCAGCAGCAGCAGCAGCAGCAGGGCCCCGCGGCGAUGGGGUUUGCGGCUGCACCGGCUGCGGGUUAUUCGAAGGCGGGGGGGACCUCCAACGGGGUCGGAAUGCGGCGGCGCUUCUCCGUCGAGGAGAGCAACGUGCAGUUGGGGAUCUUGGUACGGAAAGGUGUCGGCGGCACGUACGCCUUUCAGGCAGCGCAUAAGGCCCUAGAGGCCCAGGGGUUGCUGCCGCUGCCGUCGCCGCAGCCGCUGGCGGCUCAGUCAAGCCAGAUGGCCACUGCGGCGAUGGCGGUUGCGGCCGGCGCGUGCGUUAGUGCUCGGUACGGAGGCGGCAGGGGCAGUGGUGCAACAGCAGCGACAGCAUGUGGCGGUACGGCGGCGGCGGUGCUGCCGCCACGGCUCCCGUACUCGGUGCCCCUGGUACCGCCCGUCUUCCCCAUCCGUGAGCAGAUUCCGCAAGCCGCCGCCGUCGCCAGUUCCGUACAUUCGUGGCGCCGUUCAAUAGCGACGUAUGCAGCGUCAGCGGCGGCCGUGGCGUCGUUGACGGCAGCGAGGCAGCCAGUCGGCGGCGCUGCUGCCGGCGCCGCAACGGCUCCCGUACAUUUGAUAAACCACCACCCGGGAUGUUCUCCGGCCGGCGGCGCCGUUGGCACGUCAGCUACUGCUGCAGAUACUGCUACUGCGGCGGGCGGUGUCGCCAUGCACCCUAGGGUGUCGCCAGAACAGGCAGCAGCGGCUCCGUGUACAACCGAGGUGGCGGCGAUGGUAACCAUCCCGGCGCCGCCAGGGGCCGUAGUGACGCCGUCGGCAGCGGCAGCGGCAGCGGCAGCGGCAGUAGCUCCGGGGGGGUACGGCAAAGCCCAAGCUACAGCGAUGGAAGUGGACAAGGCUCCUUCGAGUACGGCGGAGGCAGCAGCGGAGGAGGGGCCGGCGGAGGCGGCGGCGCUGCAGGAGGCGGCGGCGGAGGAGGAGGAGGAGGAGGGGGUAAAAUUCGAACCACAGGAGGAGGGGGUGGAGGAGUCCGUGCGGCUGGUGGCGGCGGCUCUCUCACCGUCGGAGUUGGGGUUGGAGGAGGAGGAGGUUACCGUGCUGGGGGAGCAGGACGUGGAGGGGGAGGAGAUGGAGGAGGGGGAGGGUGAUGGGGUGGAGGAGGGUGAUGGGGAGGAAGGGGAGGGGGAGGAGGAGGUUGAUGGGGAGGAGGUUGAUGGGGAGAAGAGUGAUGGGGAGAUGGAGGGGGAGGUGGGUGAUGGGGAGGAGGGUGAUGGGGAGGGGGAGGAGGGGGAGGGGGAGGAGAGGGAGGAGGGUGAAGAGGCAGGGGAGCAAGAAGAGGCGGGGGAGGAGGAGCAACAGGAGGAGGAGGAGGCGGCCGCAGAUAUCGGGGCCGGUAGGUCAGGAGGGGUGGUCGUUGAGGAGGUCGUUGAGGAGGAGGAGGAGGCAGAGUUGGAGGGGGAGGCAGGGGCAGCCGCAGCGGCGGAAGAAGCGGACAUGGGACCGGGGGGCCUGGGGGCGGAAAUCAGCGGGCCAGCAGCAGCUGCCGCCUCCGCUGCGUCGACGCCGACGCCGACGGCAGCGACGCUGGCGGCGGCGCCCUCCUCCACCCUAGUGGGUCGAACAGCCCACGUCAACAACCGACUGUACGGCAGUACCAAAGCCAGGCUGGGCCAGCUGGGACUCCAUACGGCAGCACCAGCGGCGGCGGCGGCGCUUCCAAAAGCCGGCCGCGCCGCCGCCGCCGCCGCCAAGCCAUUGAAGCUGUACAGCUAUUGUUGCCGACUAGAGCUGUACGUGGACGAGCAGCUGUGGCGCUGUACAAGCAAACCAGGACGGGACCUGUUGUACUCUGCCGUACAAGCUGUUGAGCGGCGGCUGCAUGACAGCUUCAACGAAUGGAACCACGAGUCGGUUCCGUCGCAGCCGCAGCCGUCGCCGCCGCCGCAGCAGCAACCUUGUACCCAGCUGACAGCCUAUCACCGUGCGCUGGCCGCGGCUCUCUUGAGCCAGCGCAGCGCCGCCGCUGCCUCGCCAUCAGCGCCACUUCAGGGUCCCGCCGUCCCGCAUCAAUCGCCAUCGUCGCCGGGUGUGACAGCAGCGGCAGACGCAGGCGCUGACGCCGCCGCUGCCGCUGCUGUAGGUAUGCUGCCAGCGGCGGUGGCAGCGGCGGCGGCGGCGCUGCCGGCCUCAACACUCACGUGUGAAUCGCCGCUGGAGAAGAUGAAGGUUUCGGAGCUGAUGUCGUACCCGUCAGCUGUAUUGGAGGUGACGGAGGUGACGGAGGUGACGGAGGCGCGGAAGACGUCGCCUGAGGCAGCGAUGGCGGCGCCGCCGCCUGUGCCGUCUUUACCAACCUCAUCAUCAUCCGCGGGGAUGGCGGCGCCGCCUACUACGCCGCCGCCGCUGCGGAUGCUGAAACUCCAAAGUGUAGCAACGGCUGAGCAGCAGCAGCCGGCGCCCACGUUGGCAUCGGCUUCAGUGUCGGCGGGGUCCGUACAACCGCUAUUGAAAUCACAGCUGCAACCGCCACCUCCAAAUCCGCUACAGCAUCGCAACGCGCAACAGCCGUCCUUGGAGCCGUAUCAGCAGCCGCAGCUGCCGGCGCUUCUGCUUCAGCGAUAUGCGGAGCUGCUGCAAGCCACCGUCGCCGCUGCAACCGCUGCACGGCAUAUCCCACCGACACGACCACCAACUGGCACCUCCGCCUCUUCCGUACAGCCGCCACCGCCACGCACGCUACUGCCGCCGCAACAACUGCCACAGCUGCCGUCGGCGGCGACGGUGACGUCAGCAGAGGACGCGCGGUUUUGCCCCCCCAUUCCUACCUCCCAGUCAUUCAAGUGUGGCGGCGACCUUCACGCCGAAUCCAAUAGCGCCAAGUUGUCCGGCGCAAGGCUGGAACCCGCCACCUGGACUGCCCGCUCUGGUGGUGACGGCCGCCGCGUUGUCGGCCCGUAUCUCCGAGGGCUGCUGCCUGCGGCCGCCGCCGCCGCCGCCGCUACUGCCGCCGCCGUCAAGAAGCCGUACUGUUCACCAGGACCGCUCGGCUGCGUCGUCCCCAGUACCCUCCAGCGCUGCCAGCGGGACGGCAGUGCUUUGUUCUCAGUCCCCGGCGUCAUCUGCAACUGUAACUGCAACUGCAGCAGCGGCGGUGGCGGGGGCGCCAUCACUGCCUUUACGUUUAGCGCCCCUCGUACGACAGUCGUACAUUCGUCCGAUGGCCGUACCUUUUCCCGUACGGAGUACUUUUUCCGGGCGGACGAGCUGCCUUCGGACUAUUGGAGCUUCGCAGGCAAGCCGACGGCGGAGGUUUGGCCGGCGGCGGACGCCGCUGCUCGGAACGGUGCAACCGGCCCGCCUGGCGGACAAAAUCCUCCCAAGGUGGCGGCGGUGACGGCGGCGGCGGAAACGCCGCCGUUGCCCUCGUCGACGUCAGCAAAGGCGGCCGCAACGGAGCUACCUCCCAGUACGGACGGGCACCUGGCGGAGGCGGCGGCGGCGGCGGCGGCGGCGGAGGCGGCGGCAGGGGAACCGAACACCAGGGUAGCCGCGACGGCAUGCCGUAAAUGUCGUAAUUCCUGCCAUGAGGCCGCCGCUACCGCCGUCGCUACUGCCGCUACCGCCGCCGGUACGACAGUCCGAGGGCCGGUGCCGGCUGUUGCCAUUGACGGAGUGGAAAUCGAUGUCGAGGAUGAGAGGGGCGGUGCAGUCCCGAGGGGCGCUGACGGUGUCGACUGCAGGGGCUCCCUGGCGGAGCGGUCUCAGGCAGCCGGGGGCCCCGGCGGGUGUCAGCUUUCGACCGCCGCCGCCACCCCGGCAGCGUCGCCCGCCAUCCCUGCACCUGAUGCCGCCGGCACGAAGAUCGUACCGACGGCGGCAUCCGUCGCUGUCGGCUCCGUCAGCACUUCCGCUCCCGCCGACGCCGCCGACGCCACGCCGCAGCCCACCACAUCCGUACCGCCAGAGAUAGCCGUACCGCCUGCGUCGCCGUUCCUGUCGCGGGAGCCGCCGCCGCCGGGGCUGCUGCCCGUAGGCGUAGUGACGUUCACGCAGCUGUUCCGCCAGGACGAGCUGUACGGCAUGGAGGCCCAAGUGGACGCCACCGACACGCUGGCGCGCCGCGGGUUGCUCCCGUCGGACUGCUACCACCACAGCUUCGGAGCGGGCGGCGGCGGCAGCGGCGGCAUUGCCGCCGCCGCCGCUGCGCUUAAACGUACAAAGAUGUUCUUCGGAGCACGGUACCUGUGGACUCGGGAGCAGCUGGCAGCUCCCGGCGCCCGCAUCGCCGGCGGGGUGCGGGUGGACGUGCCCCCACCUCUGCGCUGGAUGCGGCAUCAGGUGGAGGCCCCCCUGGUGCGCUGCGGAGUCGUACCGCGGGGCUUCGUGGACAGCAUCGCCCUCAACCUCUACCACGACGGCAGUGAGGGCAUCCAGGUUGGUGGAGGGGGUGAGGGGAGCCACUACGACGACGCCGUUCGGUUCCGGAGACCCAUCUACUCCGUGAGACUGUUUUCCGACAGCCGACUGUCCUUUGGGGGUCAUCUGUACGGCAAUACCAACAACGACUUUUUCGUACCGAUGCCGCGGGGCUGUGUAACGGUAUUAGAGGACGAGUCGUACGCCGCCAACGGUAUCAAGCACUGUGUACGCCCCGCGGACAUGGCGGGAAAGAGCGCCGCACUCAUCCUCCGGGGUAUCGAUCCCGGUGCCAUGCGCCGCGCCAAGCCAGAUAGCGCCACGGCGGCCGCUUCCGGUGCAGCCGCCGCAGCCGCAGCCGCAGGAGGAGGAGGAGGGGGGGGAGGGGGAGGGGCAGCGGCCACACGCCCCGGCAGCGGCGUCGGCGGCGCCCCCGACGCCGCUGCUCCCGCUUGGAGCUCUCCCGCCACCAUUUCCCGGAUCGUGGCGGGAGUUGUCAGUCGGCUCGUCGACGGCGUGGAGGCGGCGGCGCGGCGGGCAGCAACCCGGGGGGCGGCUGUGGCGGCGGUCAUGCGGCGCAUGGUACGGACUGUGUCGCGGGCAGUAGCCCGGGAGAAGCUUAUGGACGCGAUGACGGCGAUAAAGCGGCGUCGGUGUCGGCGUCAGCAGCCGCCCACGUGGACUGCCGUACAGUACGGUAACGGCGACAGCGGUGGCUGUGUGCGUGUAGCUGACGGCGGCGGUCCCAUGGACCGGUCGGAUGACGCAACGUUGAGCUACGAAGAGCGUCAGAUUCGUGGCGUGAUGGACCGGAUGGUAGCUGGUGUAGCGGCGGCGGCGGCACGGCCCGAGCGUAUCACCCGUUCCGUACAGCUGGUCAUGGACAGCAUGCUCAACAGACUGGAAGCUGCGGCGGAGGGCCGUCGUCGCCGUCGCCGCCGCCGACGGCGACAACAAGAGCUCCAGGAAUCGCCGUCAUUGCCGAUGGCGGUGGCGGCGGCGGCGGCGGAGCAGGAUAUGCAGGGUAGCGGCGGCGGCGCCACUACUUCCACAGUCACCGCAGCCGCCGGGGGAUUGCCUAGAAAGCGUGCGCGCGAAGAAGGAGAGGAGUACGAGCUGGCGGGUACGGCAGAUUCAGCAGCAGCAGGCCGUGGAGUCGGCGUCGGCGGGUGUGGCACGGUUGGCCCGGCGGGCCGGUCAACCAGACUAGUCGUACAGAUCCCCUCGGAGACGCAGGACAGGGUCCUUCUCAAGACCGCGUUUUCACCCAACAAGAAGAUUCUCCUGGCGGCGUCAGGCGGCGGCGUCAAGCGUCGACGACGGCGCUCGCAGAUUGUUGCGACGGCGGCGGCGGGGGCGGCAGAAGACGGUACGGCAGCGGCGGCAGAUGGGAAGUGCCAAGCAGCGAUGAAGGUUGCUGACGUGGAUGCGACUGACGCAACCGGCGGCACCGCAAGACUCAUAGUUGGCAGCGGCAACGACGGACAGCCGCCGGCGGAGGCUGAUGUACGGAACCCAGAUCUCGGUGACGCCGCCGGUACGGCAGUCCUUAGCAUCCAGGUGCAACAUCGGCGGCGUGGUCGGCCCCGGCGGCGGCAGCUUGACGUAGAGGGCAACGGCGGCGACGAAUCCAGCGCCGCCGCCGCCGCCGCCGUGGGAUCAACCGCGGCUGACGACGCGGCGGUGGCGGCUGACGGCGCCGUCGAUCCCGCCGCCGUCGAGGAGCAAUGGACCGGCCGAUGGAGCGAAUCACGGGUCCUCCGAGCCGCGACGCGCCUGGCGCUGGCUGGCGCGGAGCUGGGGGGACCUGACCUGCGGCGAGCAGUACGGCAGGACGUGCCGCAUCUAUGGCGCGAGCUGUACGACAACGCAAUUGCCGCCGCCGCGGCGGCGCGGGACAUGGCGGCCCCGACGGCGACGGCUGCGGUGGAAGUCGAGUCACCAAUGUCCCCGGAAUUGCUGCCAAGUCAAAGACUGCAAUCUCCUGCCAAGGCUGUCGCCGUCAGCGGCAGCCACGCAGUCCGCCGCUGCGGCGGGGGCAGCGUCAGCAGCGGCGGCUGCAGCGGCGUCCAAAGCUCCGUCAUGCCCGUCCGACAUCCGCUUCGAGAAGUGGGUCCAGCCCAGUUGCUGGCGCACGCGGCACUCAGCCACGUCAUUUCCGUCGCUGCCGCCGCCGCAGCGGCGACGGCGGCGGCGGCGGCGCCUUGUACAACAGGCCUGGGUUAUGCGGUGGCGUCCGGCAGUGCUCCGACCUCGUUACCGCUGACGUCAGCAGCGGCGGCGCCGGCCCCGGCCGCAGUGUCCAGCACGCUGAGGUGCAAAGGCAGCAGCGCCGCCGCCGCCGCCGCCGCCGCCGCCACCGCCGCUGUCCCCGGCACCGCCUGCGCCAAUGCUAUAGACGACGACGGCGACGACGACGGCGACGGCGACGGCGGCGACCCGCCAAAGCUGAUAUUGCCACGGCUUCGUGAUGAGUGUGAAUCCCUUGUCGAUUCCGGAGGGCCGCCCUCGCCGCCGGCACAGUCGCCGCCGCCGCCGCCGCCGCCGCCAUUUCAGAGGAUCCUGGACACCGGAUCGUUGAAUUCCGUAACAGGGGGACCAGCCCCAGAAGUCCCGCCAGUGUCCGGGCUGGUGCCGCCACCUCCGCCGCCACGGCCGCCGCUCACGGCGCCGCCGACGCCGUCACUGCAGCCGCCGCGGCAUGUACUGCAAUUCCAACUUCAAAGCCCCAUGCCCCAGUCGCGGGCCACGUUACCACCACCACUACCACCCCCGCCGCCGCUGCCGCCGUAA